ACUAAGGAAGAUGUGUCAAAAGAAACAAAAAUACGAUGUGUCAAACUUAUUUUGGAAAAUAUUCAUAUAAAUUACAGUUUGAAAAAUAUGCCACGCAAUAAAUCUAAAGCACCACAGAAAAAAGCUAAAUCAAAUCAAAGAAAGAGAGAAUAUUAUACCGUUCCCGCUAAAGCUCACACCAGUAACAAAGUAUCAAAAGUGGCACCUGUAGAUAAAGAUGAAAAGAGACCUGGAGUAUUUGGUCAGAUGGCAGCUACCGCUGGGGGUGUUGCCGUUGGAACGACUAUAGGACAUUUUGUAGGAAAUAUUUUAACUAAUAUUAUAGGUUUGGCUAGUAAGAAAACAACUGAUUCCAAUAAUGAUGUUCAACGUUAUGAGGAACCAAGAAGGAGUUGUUCGAAAGAGAUUCAACAGUUCAUAAAUUGUGCCGCUACAGAGAAAGACAUUACGCUAUGCCAAGGAUUUAAUGAAGCUAUUCGAGAAUGCAAACAAAAACAUAACCUCAAUUAAGCCUUACAAAGAAAUAAAUACAAAAUAAUACUAAUGUAAUAGAUCUAAUAAUAAAGUGAUGUAAUUUGCUAAA